AAUUACACCUCAGCAAAACUCCGUCUCCAGCACCCUCGCUUAGCUCCCUCCCCAUUAGCUCCCCUCCAAAGAGCCGCCCACCAAAAGCGAAGAGCCGAGCAGCUCCUCCGUCCUGGCCCCGAGCACACCCGAGCAGGCAGGACGCAGGCGGGAGCAGGAGAACUGCGUGCCGUGCCCGGAGUGCUGUGCGCCCCUCCUUUCCUCCUGGCUUUGCUGCCCGAUGUGAGCGACUGCCUGAGGCUGAGCCAACCGCUGCGAGAGACACCCCCGCCCGCAGUCCCGGGCAGGAAAGAGCUCCGGGGCUGUGAAAUGCCGCCUGCAGCGCCUGCAUGAUUUGCACGGCCCCUUUGCUUUGCAACAAGUGAUCUCGGGAUUUGUUGUUGGGGUUUUUUUUGUUUUUGGUGGGGUUUGUUUUUUUUUUGAGACCAACAAAAGGUGGAUGAAUGUCGGGGGCUCGUUCUUUUCUGUGGAGCCUGGACUCUGGCAGCCUGGCUUGCGGGCGAUGAGAAGGCAUGAGGGAUUAUAGCCCAGAGCCGAGCCAGGUUGCUUUGGGCUGGCAUGAACUUUUGGAGUCCCAGGUGCUACCCAAUGACAGGCACAGAGCCGGAGCACUCCGCGUCUGAAACAGCCUCCCUCCUGGGCAUACUGUAGACAAGCUUCUAGCCUCUGGCAGCGACUGAGGAGGAUGGGCGCUGCGGGCGGGAUUGUGUGAGCCCCCUCCUCCCCUCUGCCAAACUGCAGGUUCAGCAAAAUGAAGACAACUGACAAGAUGCGAAAGAGGGGAAAUUUGGGGGCACUAUCCGUGGUGCUGAUUGUGUCCCUGGGACUUCCACAAAUCACUUUUGCAUGUCCACGCCCAUGUGCCUGUUAUGUUCCCACUGAAGUUCACUGCACAUUUCGAUCCUUGGCAGCAGUGCCAGCAAGAAUCUCUAAACAUGUGGAAAGAAUCAAUUUGGGGUUUAAUAGCAUACAGUCCAUAUCUGAAAACUCAUUUGCAGGACUUACAAAACUGGAAUUGCUCAUGAUUCAUGGAAAUGACAUCCAAAAUAUACCCAAUGGAGCUUUAAAAGAUCUCAUAUCUCUACAGGUAUUCAAAAUUAGCUACAACAAGCUAAAAGUUCUAACAAGGCAAACUCUCCAAGGACUUUCAAAUUUAAUGAGACUGCACAUGGACCACAACAGAAUUGAAUUCAUCCACCCAAAUGCUUUUAAUGGAUUAACUUCUCUGAGAUUGCUUCAUUUGGAAGGAAACUUACUCCAGCAGAUUCAUCCCAACACAUUUUCAACAUUUACAUUCCUGGAUUAUUUCAGACUGUCAACAGUAAAACACCUAUAUCUGUCUGAAAAUAGCAUUCAGACACUGCCUGCAGGGAUGUUUCAAGGAAUGCCACUCCUGGAGAAUCUUUACCUUCAUGGCAAUCCCUGGUCCUGUGACUGCAGCUUGAAAUGGCUCCUGGAAUGGGAGAAGAAGUCUGGAGGUGUAUUAAAGUGCAAGAAGGACAAAGAUUAUGAAGGAGGUCAGCUCUGCCCUAAAUGUGGUAGCCCCAAACAACUGCAGAAACAAGAUAUUCAAAACCUGAAAGAUUUUGCCUGUAAGAAACCUACUAUACAAUCCCCAUUUAAGCAGGAUGACAGCAUUGAUGAGGAGGAAGAUGGGGAUAUUUAUGAACUUCCUAAGGAGGCGUUUCAGCUGUCACCAUGGAACAUCACUCUCAACAUGACUGAUGAACAUGGGAACAUAGUGUAUUUAAACUGUGAAAUUAAGAAACCGACAGACUCUGCCGAAAUUCAAUGGAACCAAAUCAAUGCUCAGGAAAUUGAUAUCAAUACCACAGUUUCACUUGAUUUUGAAUGCCCAAUGAAACGAGAAAACUAUGAAAAGUUAUGGAAACUUAUAGCUUAUUACAGUGAAGUGCCUGUUAAAUUACAAAGAGAAUUUGUCCUCAGCAAAGAGUCCAAAAUAAGUUAUGAGUACCGUCAAGAUUCAGAUGAUGAUGCCCUUUAUUACACAGGUGUCAAAGCUCAAAUACUUUCUGAACCUGCCUGGGUUAUGCAACCGCUGAUCAACAUUCAACUAAACAGACGCCAAAGCACAGGGAAAAAAGUGGUGCUGUCCUUUUUUACCCAGUUUUCUCAGACAAUUCAGAUGAAAGACAUACGACAACACAGACGCAGCUGGGUGAUGAUAGAGCAACCUCUGAAUUCAGAAAUGGCACAGAGUGUUAUUGAAGGCUCAGACUGUCAGCUGAGAUGCAAUGUGAAAGCAUCAGAGAGUCCUAUCAUCCAGUGGGUGUUACCAGAUGGGAAUAAGCUGACAGCUCCAUUUAAUCAGAAAGACAGCAGGUUUUCCAUCCUCAGCAGUGGCCAGCUAAUGAUAAAAAAAAUGGGUUAUACUGAUUCUGGUUUGUACCACUGUGUUGCCCAGGUGAGAGAUGAUAUAGACAGAAUGGUCCACCGAGUUUUAGUGCAGCCUCCAGUCAUUCAGCCCACUGACUCCGCUGUAAUGAGAGUUGAAAAAAAUGCAGGGGAGCCAAUAGUUUUGCCCUGCAGUGCAGUUGCCAUACCAGAUGCACAGCUGAGCUGGAUCCUCCCAAGCAGCCAUGUACUUAAUGUUUUGUCAAACUCAUCCAAAGGGUUCGUGUCACACAAUGGCACUUUGUUAAUUCCAAAGAGUCAUGUCAGUGACAGUGGGUAUUACAGAUGCGUGGCUGUCAAUCAGCAGGGAUCAGAUCAGUUGGCUGUUAAAGUAUCCAUAAAUAAGAUGGUAUCUGACAGAUCUUCCAAAAGGAUAAAAAUGAGGAAGCGUCCAGGUUUGAAAACCUCCGGAAAAAGAAGAGGGGGGGUGAUAGAAGAUGAAGGGGGAUCGGGAGCCGAAGUCCCAGCUGAGCCCCGGCACAAAAAGAAUCGUCUGAAGGACCGGGAAACAUCUAUUAAACAAAAAAAUGACCUUGUGCCUGAGGUUCAGGUUAAAAAAAUCAAGAAAGGCAGGAGAAAAAUGAAGUUAUGGAAAGGUACAGAUGAAACCCAAGACAGCAAUGUUGCAGAAGGCCGUAGGGUAUUUGAGUCUCGAAGGAGAAUAAAUAUGUCAAACAAACAGAUUAAUCCACAACACUGGGCUAAUAUUUUGGCAAAGGUACGUGGGAAAAAUCUUCCUAAACCAACAGCAGGCUCUUUAAUGACUACAUUGCCAUCAGUUGUUCAGAAAACCACUGCAGCUCCUUCUCCUAUGGCCAUUCCUUCUCAGAAGCCUAGUCUAGAUACUGCAGCCAAUGGGGAAGAGUCUUCUGCAGAUGUAUCACACUUGCGUGAAGAUAAAAUGUUGUCAAUCACUAUUUCCCCUACCAUUAUAGCACAAGAUUAUAGCGCAGAUCAAACCACUUCUGCUCAGGCCACAUUAAUGGGCACAGAAACUGAACCCUCUAUAGAAAUCCAGACUUUAGGAAUACCUGAAAUUAUAUACACUGUAGAACCAUCUUUUGUGGGCACUACAUACUUUACUCCAGUCUCUCCAAUUUUACACGCACAUGAUCAGGAACAUGUUGAAGUAAAGACUAAUUACUCACCAGUAACAGAAGAAAACAUUAAUGCUGUCACUGAAGAGCCUCUAGAUGAACAAAUAACAACUAGCUUGCCCAAUACUCAAAGCAGUUUGUACACAGUGGAAAAUGCAACUACAACAACACCAUAUACCACAGAGGAAUCUUCUGCUUCACCUGAACUGCCAGUAGAUGAAACUGGCCUUGAAGAACCUCAGACUGUUGUAAAUCUCCCUACCACCUUGGAGACAGAUUCACAGCACAAUGAAGUGGAUGCAGAUUCCGUAAAUUCCACACCUUCACAGGGUGAGAAGGUCAACUAUAUAGAUUUAAUAGCCACUGCUACUAUUUCUUUUGCUGUUUCUUCAUUUAAGGAUUUUGUUACUGGAGAAAACAAUAUUGUAAAGCAUCACCACGAAGAGGUACCUACAGAUCAGACUAAAAUUACAGGCAAUGCCAAGGAGGAAACACAGACUGACAAGGGUCUAGAGACUCAGGUAACUGUGUUUAGUAGCAACUAUGGGAGUUCUGAGGGAGCUGCAAGUGAACACAUGCCUGUGCCAAAAUCAGACUCCACAUUUCCUCUGACAACUACCAUUGCCCCUCUUAAAAAAGCAGAGCAUAUAUCAAGUGCUGUUUUGUUUGGCAACCUGACCACUAUGGCUAAAGUUACAACCCCGUUUAGAAAGACUACUACCUCUAAUGCACUCCUUACCCAGAAUCCCAGAAGAAGACCUUUUGGGAGAAGGAGAUUAAGACCAAAUAGAUUUCGACAAAGGUCAAAACCUAUUCCUUCUCCUGCUUUUACCACAGAGAAGAUGCCUGUUCUUGAAAAAACAUCUAAAAUAGAAGGUGCUACUAGAAGUUAUCCUGGAAUUAUUGUUGAGGGUGAUCUUAAAACUGAGGCUAAAGUACAAAAUGCAAAGAAACAUAAUCAUUUAGAGAUGAUUGCUUCAUUGAUUACAGAGGCAAAUGUUGUAGAGAGGAUGACCAAAGUAAGAGACACAGAGGUAGCCUUUUCACUUAGGCCUACUGUUUCUUUACCUGAAACAAAGCAUGUAACACUUUCUAAUGUUGCUGAAACCCCCAGACUUCCUGCGACUGCAUCUAUCGCAACUGCAUCAUCACAUGGUGGACUUAAUAAAGUCUCUGCUACAGAGCUGCACUUGUCUCACAUACCAAAACAAAAGACAACAGCACAGUAUCAUAUAUUGGUUAACGUAUCUGAACAAAAUGUAAUUAAAACAAAUUAUGAAGUUCCAGGCAGAAAAAGUCAGGCAGAAAAAACAAACACACCACUCUCCGCUGAGUAUAUCAAUAGCCUAUUUAGCUCUGGUUAUUCAGUGACUCCAGAAUUUCAAGAAGAAGCCCAUCCUCUUGAUUCAAAAGUUGGAGAGAAUGGAAUCAGCUCAAGAGUAUCUCAGCCAAUACCUCCCACAGUGCUGCACUCAAAGUCUGCUGUUAGCACAGUGGAAAGUUUUACAGACCUGUCAAUUUCAGAUGAAUUUCAGAACCUUUCAGAAUCUUUAAAAAAAGCUCCUAUAACAACACCACCUCAGCAAAGAAAAAUUGCAACUGUAUCUUUUCCCUUCAGCACAACAAGGUUUCAACCUUUCACACGUACAGAAACCAAUAAACCAAUUACUGUUCCUGUACAAAACUGGACAAAAUCAUUAUCAUCUUUCUGGGACAAAAAGGAAACUACCUCUCAUACAUUCAAUCAUGAUCAAAUUGCUGUAUACACGACUGAAAAACCUGAAUCUCCUGUUACAAGCAUUGACUUUGUUUCAUUUACAAAACCUACCAGUCCUUCCCCAUCAGUUUCAAGCACUUUACAUUUGUCUACUCAUUCUCCUAUUAAGGAAAAUACUACGAUCAGUCAAGUAAGAUUUCCAGAGACCAAAGAAGUUGAAGUUGACAGUACAACAAUCACACUCAGCACAAAACAAAAUGUAUUUUCCACUUCUUAUUCAAACCAAAACAGGAUUAAUGCACAACACAGACAAGAACAAUUUAAGGAGACAAUUGGUAUUAGAUCUAACAAUAGUUUAUUGCUAAAUCCAAUCUUUCCUCAUCAGUCAGCUGGAAUGGUGCCAAUCUUUAACCAGCAACCAGCGUUAGCACUUCCAAAGCAUAUUCCGAUGAGGGGAACAAGGAGGCCACCAUAUCUCAUAAUGCAAGGUUCAUUUAAUCAUUUUAUAACUCACCAACCUCUUCACUAUACCAACAAACCAGAAAUAACAGCCUAUGCUGCACAAACAACACAGGAUAGAAAAACGUAUGCUGCUCCGACAAAGCCAACUACUACAACAGCCACUCCACUGCACAGACCUAACCCACUUGCUCCAAGCAGAUUUGGCAAUCAGGGACAAAUCAGAUACAAUGUUAACUCCAGAGUUUUUGGCAAUAAUUAUAUUCCUGAUAACAGAGGUACAGGUGGGAGACUACAAAAUCAAGGAAUUCCAUAUUACCCCAGCUCUGGAAUCCCCUUUGUCUUUAAUAGAACCAGGACAUUUUCACACUCAGGAGUGAAUCCUAAACCACUUGUGCCUAGUCCACUUGACCCAGUAAAUACAAAUGAGAAGAAAGCUAUCCAAGUCAAUACAAUGCAAGGCACAAUUCUAAAGGUCACAGCUGUUCCAGUAGCUCCAUUGUUCCACACCUCAAGUACCACACCACCAACCUCAACUACUAUGAAGAGCACUCUUCCAUCAUUCAUCUCUCAAAGCAUCAGACCUCAAAUAUCCUCUAACAUUCACUCUUUCAGAAGUGUCCUUAAUAAUAAUCAAAAAGUUCCAUUUGUGCCUAAGUUGGGAGGACUUAUGCCAAAUAAUUCUAGAGUAAUUCAGUCUUCAUCUAAAUUCAGGGCACAUGGUGAAAGGCCGAAAAUUACCAUGAAAGGUCCUCACAGCUUAUCCGUCCUUGCUGAAACAGAUGCUGUUAUCCCAUGUGAUGCAGUAGGAGAACCCAAGCCUUUGGUUUCUUGGACAAAAGUCUCCACAGGAGUUCUGAUGACAGCAAACACAAGGAUACAACGGUUUGAAGUCUUGAAAAAUGGCACAUUUAUUAUCCGAAAUGUUCAAUUUCAGGAUCGUGGGCAGUACUUGUGCACUGCUCAGAACCUGUAUGGUGUUGAUAAAAUGAUUGUCCUCUUGACAGUGACAGCCCAGCAGCCCAAAAUGUUAGUUUCCCGCUAUCGAGACACCACUGUUUAUUUUGGAGACAGCGUGGCAAUGGAAUGCCAGGCUAAUGGUAUCCCAAGCCCACAUAUUUCAUGGAUUUUACCUGACAGGAAGAUAUUGCAGAUAGUAUCCACCACUGAAAGCAGGAUAAUGCUCCAUGAAAAUAGAACUUUGUCUAUCAAGGAGGCAACUUUUUCAGACCGAGGAGUGUACAAGUGCAUAGCUAGCAAUGCUGCAGGGGCGGACAGCAUAGCCGUGAGACUUCACAUUGCAGCUUUACCCCCAAUCAUCCAGCAGGAAAAACAGGAGAACAUUUCCUUGCCCUUUGGUCACAACAUCCACAUUCACUGCACUGCCAAAGCAGCUCCCCCCCCUAGCAUUCGCUGGGUGCUCUUUGAUGGCACCCAGAUCCGACCUUCCCAGUUUGUCAAUGGGAACUUAUUUGUCUUCCCCAAUGGAACCCUUUACAUACGGAACAUUUCCCCCAAGGACAGUGGAAACUAUGAGUGCAUUGCAGCUAACAUGGUGGGGGCAGCCAGGAGAACAGUUCAGCUUGAUGUGAAGAAGCAAUUGUCAAAUGCCAAGAUCACUUGGAGCUCUCCCAAGAGAACAGAUGUAACCUACGGCAGCACCCUACAUCUGGAUUGCAGUGCUUCUGGGGAUCCCUGGCCGCAGAUAUUAUGGAGGCUGCCUUCAAAAAGGAUGAUUGACUCUCUGCACAGCUCGGAGACCAGAAUCAAAGUGUUUGGCAAUGGAACUUUGGUUGUCCAUGCAGUCACAGAUAAGGAUGCAGGAGACUAUCUGUGUGUGGCCCGCAAUAUGAUUGGAGAUGACUAUGUGGUUCUCAAAGUGAACGUGAUGAUGAGACCAGCCAAAAUAGAACACAAGAAUGAGAAUAACCACAAGGUUAUGUAUGGCGGGGAUUUGAAAGUUGACUGUGUGGCCACCGGUCUGCCAAACCCCGAGAUCUCCUGGGGCCUCCCAGAUGGCAGCAUGAUCAACACCUUCAUGCAGUCAGAUGACAGUGGAAACCGGGCAAAGAGAUAUGUGGUCUUCAACAAUGGGACACUGUAUUUCAAUGACGUGGGGCUGAGAGAGGAAGGAGAUUACACCUGUUAUGCUGAGAACCAAAUUGGGAAGGAUGAGAUGAGAAUACGGGUCAAAGUGGUGGCUGAGCCUGCAACUAUCAGAAACAAAACUUACUCUGUUAUUAAUGUGCCCUAUGGAGAUGUGGUCACUGUGACUUGCAAAGCCAAAGGCGAGCCUACUCCCAGGGUGAUAUGGCUCUCUCCCACCAACAGGCCGAUUCCUCUUCUUUCUGACAAAUAUCAAGUGUAUGGGGAUGGCACCCUCCUCAUCCAAAAGGCCCAGAGAUCUGACAGUGGCAAUUAUACUUGUGUGGUCCGGAACAGUGCUGGGGAAGACAGGAAAACAGUCUGGAUCCAAAUCAAUGUUCAGCCUCCCAAAAUCAAUGGCCAUCCCAAUACAAUCACAUCUGUGAGGGAGACUGCAGUGAGGGAGAGUCGGAAACUUAUUGACUGCAAAGCUGAAGGCAUCCCUGCUCCGCGGGUCUUGUGGGCUUUUCCAGAAGGGGUGAUCCUGCCUGCUCCCUAUUUUGGGAACAGAAUUACUGUGCACCGCAAUGGCACCCUGGACAUCAAGGGGGUCAGACAAACAGACUCAGUACAGCUAGUAUGCAUCGGGCGGAACGAAGGGGGAGAGGCUAGACUGAUUGUGCAGCUCCUGGUCAUAGAUCAUGUGGAGAAACCCACCUUUGGGGACCCAGUCAGUGAAAGAAUCACUGCCACAGCUGGGCAUAGUAUCAAUCUGAACUGCUCAGUCCAUGGGAACCCUGAGCCCAGCACAUCUUGGAUCCUUUCCAAUGGCACUGAGCUGCAGAGAGGCAGCCAUCUGCAGAGAUUCUACCACAAGAGAAAUGGGAUACUGCAUAUCAGCGGCCUCUCUGCAGUGGAUGCUGGCACUUACCGCUGCACAGCCAGGAACCCAGGUGGCUAUGCAGAGAGAGUGGUCUUCCUGAGGGUGGGUCUCAAGCCAGAAAUCAGCAACCAGUACAACAACCUGGUAAGCAUCAUCAACGGAGAGACUUUGCAGCUCCACUGUGUCACUCAGGUGAAUCAUCAGGCACACAUUUCCUGGACACUGCCCAAUGGGAUGGUACUAGAUGGCCCUCAAGCCAUUGGUCGCUUCUCCCUCCUAGAGAAUGGCUCGCUUAUUGUGCGUGAGGCCUCUGUGUUUGACAGGGGCACCUACCUGUGCAAGGCAAUGACAGAGUAUGGCACUUCUUUUAUGAAUGUCCCAGUCAUAGUGAUAGCCUAUCCACCCCGGAUCACCAGUGAGCCAGCACCAGUCAUCUAUGCUAGGCCUGGUAAUGCAAUUAAAUUGAACUGCAUGGCCAUUGGAAUUCCUAAAGCAGAAAUAACAUGGGAGCUUCCAGACAAAUCGCACCUGACAACAGGAGCUCAGUCCCGUCUGUAUGGAAACAAAUUUCUUCACCCUCAGGGGUCGUUAAUUAUCCAGCAGUCUACACAACGGGAUGCAGGCUUCUACAAAUGCACUGCUAAAAAUAUACUGGGCAGUGAUUCAAAAACUACCUAUGUUCAUAUAUUCUAAAGUUCAAACAAACUCCUUCGACUGUACCCAAAUGCCCAGUCACUGCCAAGAAAAUGCAGCAGAAAAGUACUGUUUGUAAGCAAAGCCAAGAGUGUAGAAGGCAGAAGAGUUGGAUUGCAAUUCUCAUUUUAAUGAGCCAUGCAUCUCUGUGUUCACAAUUACCAUGAUCGUGCAGCAGAGACAACAAAAAUAUGUAAAUGAGGAGCUGACACAUUUGAGAAGAUAUCUAAACUGUUCACAUGAUGUAAUGUGACUUCUUGUGGCAUUCCAGCGCACCUGAGACCUAAUGUACUAUACACAUAUCUGUUGAUGUUCCAAAUCUAUGCCUUGGCUUCACAAGCACCUUAAAAAUACCAAAGAAGUAUUAACUGUAAUAAGUGAUCUAUAGUGAUAAAAGUGCAUUGUUAUUUUGUUGGAGAGACAUCAGUUUCUUAAUCCCUACAGUGCUUUUACGUAACCUAGCCUUAUAUUAUUUUUUCUAUCAGCUCUUUCUAUUAAUUUUUCUAUCAGCUCUUCCAAAUCAAAGAUUAAUUUAGCACAUAAGAGUGAUCUUUUUCUAAUCAAGGACAUUCUGACAUUAGUUACUGUAAUGAACAAACCUUUUCUAGCCAGUAAGGAUCCCAUUGAAUUCAAGCAUUAUAUAUUUUAUAUAUAUUUUUAAAUCAGACUAUGAGACUAGAAAGAAUAACAAUGAUCUCUGUCUCAUUUUAUAAAUUAUUGGUCUUUACAAGACUCUGAUACAUUACUGUGUUUUAUAAUGUUAAGGUCAGUAUACUGUACAUUUUAUAAUAAAAAUAUUU